GGAAAAACACCCAGACUGUUGGCAAAGGAUAAUGAGCAUAAGGAUGCUCUUAAAGAAUGUCGUAAGGCAGAAAAACAGUCUGCUAAGUUGUCAAAAGGAGGAAGUAGAACAGGAGAGCCUUAUGCUAUCAGAGUAGGUAUUAUUGGAAGCCAGUGGUAACCACAUUUAUUAACCUUUUACUCCCUGGUAUCCAUAUGUAAAUUCUGUAGAAUUAUCUCCAUACAUUUCCUUAAAGAAUCAGUGGAGAGAAUUUGAUUAAAGAUCAAAGCAUUUUCCUUUUAGGUUAUCAUGAUGAAUUCUGAUUACCUUAUCUCUUGAUCAUGUAGUAAUAUUGUAAGGGGAAAAUUGAUUUUUGUCACUUUAGUCAAUUAGAAGGUUAAGGCUGCUGGUAGGGGUCUCAUAUAGAAUUUUAGUAGCAGGAGAAAGGUGUAAUGUUACAAGAGAAUAAUUUAAAAGAUGCUCCACGUCUGUAUAAAAAAUAGUCUUAACAUCAACAAGAGAAUUCUGCAUAACAAUGAAGAAUUCUCCGUCCUCCAAUGCCCAAUGAAUGCCCUGCUGCAGUCCCUUGAUCCAGUUGACCAGCAUUAUAGUAACCACAAUUGGACCCAAUGUUUAAUACAUGUACAUAGUUAUGUACAGAUGAUUGGAGGUUGAUUGUUUAGUUUUGUUUUCUUCUGUUUUGUAGCUUUAUGACUGGAUCCAAGAACAUGAGGAAAAAGUGCUGAACAUUUUUUAUCAGUUUGAUCCAGAGGAGGAAGAUGGGAGUAGACAAGGAAAA